AUGUUCGAACAAUUCAAGAAAAUAUCCUCAGCUUUAAACUUUAAGGAUCUUAUUGAUACAACCGGCCUUAAUGAAGUAGAAUUCAAAAAUUUUACCAGAGGAGGACUUCAGGUUGUUCGUAGCGAAUGGGAAAAUAUACGUACAAAAUCAGCCGAGAUUCUUUCUCCAGCAUUGAGUCCGCGAAUAGGCGCUUUAUCACCAAGGCUACCUUCGAUCGGAAGUACAAGGUUUUACGAUUUAAAUUUUUACUUGGUUACUUCAAAUUUCGAUUCUUUUUUUCCACCCACCGGUAUUUAUUGCUUGAUAUCAUUUUAUAGCAAGUCACGUGCCAUAUCAAGACUAGAUAUACCGGCAACUAUUGAACUUGCAUCAAGAUACGAGAAUGAGUUGAAUGUAAUAAAAACUGUAAAUGAAAAUAAUUUUCGUAAUUCUGUUUUAAUUGAUGAACUUGUGCAGCACAUGUUGAACAAAUGUGAGAAUCAUUAUCAAACAUGCGAGCUAGUCAAAUCAGAAACGAGCCAAUUACCUAAGGUAAAAGAGAUGAUUGAUGAAAUGACCUAUUCUGCAAUUUCAUUAAAAGGAAAACUGACAGAAUUGGAGAAAAUGAUAGAUAAUUAUGCAAAAAGUAACGAAGAGAAAGUUUUUGAAGAUUGGAAAAAAUCUGAACUUCUUGCACUUAAUAAACACUUUGAAGAAAAAAAUGCAGAAUUAGAAGAAAAGAAUAUUAUGUAUCAACAACAUUAUGAGGAAUUUAAAAAUAAUCAUAAAAUUGAAAAAGUACAAUCAUAUCAGGCUGAUUUUGAGAUACAAAUGGAAAAUUAUAGGAAGCGGGUAAUAACUACUACUGUUUUAUAUAAUGAACAUUCGACAAAUAUAACAGAUGAAGAUUUGAUAGCCAGUUUAGAACAAGUUGAAUUGGAAACUGAAGAUGAUCGAGAGGCGUUAGAAAACUUUCUUGGAUCUAACAGUGACACUGAAGAAAAUAUUGAACAAUAA